AUGCCUAUCCUAGAGAAAGCCACGGAGGAGAAGAAGAAGAAGAAGAAGGAGAGCCAAAGCCAAGAUGAGACGGUGCUGCCCAAACUGCCGGUCCCACCACUACAACAGACACUGCAGAUGUAUCUUCAGUGUAUGAGACAUCUGGUCUCUGAAGAACAAUACACGAAGACAAAAAGGAUUGUGGAGAGGUUUGGAGCUGCCGGAGGCCAAGGAGAGAUGCUGCAGCAAAAGCUUCUAGAAAGACGAGAGAAAACUGAGAACUGGGUUUUAGACUACUGGCUGGACGACAUGUACCUCAACAACCGAUUGGCUCUGCCGAUCAAUUCCAGUCCGGCCAUCAUCUUUGCUCCGCAACAUUUCCAAGAUGCGAACGACCGACUGAGGUUCGCUGCCAACCUCAUUUCUGGAGUCCUCGAUUAUAAAGCUCUGCUGGACACCCAUGCUGUACCUGUUGAUUUUGCUCGUGGACAGCUGUCUGGUCAUCCUCUCUGUAUGAAGCAAUACUAUGGCCUCUUUUCUUCCUAUCGUCUUCCAGGACAUACCAAAGAUACCCUCGUGGCCCAGAAAAACAAUAUCAUGCCAGAACCGGAACAUAUUAUUGUCGCUUGUAACAAUCAGUUUUUUGUUUUGGAUGUUGUCAUUAAUUUCCGCCGUCUCAGUGAGGGGGAUCUGUUCACCCAGUUGCAAAAGAUAGUCAAAAUGUCGGAGAGUGAAGAGGAGAGACUGCCUCCGAUCGGUCUCCUGACAUCUGAUGGGAGGACAGAGUGGGCAGAAGCCCGGAAAAUCCUUGUAGAAGAUUCUACUAACCGAGACUCACUCGAUAUGAUCGAACGGAGCUUGUGCUUAGUCUGCCUCGACAGCCCGAGCGGAGAGGAGCCCAAUGAUACCAACAGGGCUCUGCAACUUCUGCACGGGGGAGGGUACCACAAAAACGGUGCCAAUCGGUGGUACGAUAAACCCAUGCAGUUAGUUGUGGGAAGAGACGGAGUCUGCGGGACGGUGUGCGAACAUUCCCCCUUUGAAGGGAUCGUCCUGGUGCAGUGCGUCGAACAUCUGCUCAGGCACAUGAAAGAAGGUGCCAAGAAACUGAUCAGAGCUGAUUCGGUGAGCGAACUUCCUGCUCCGAGGAGACUAAGGUGGAAAUGUUCUCCAGAAAUUCAGGCACACUUGGCCUCAGCCGCAGAAAAACUUCAAAGGUCGGUGAAGAAUCUAGAUUUUAUCGUGUAUAAAUUUGAAAAUUAUGGAAAAGAGUUCAUCAAGAAACAGAAGAUGAGCCCAGAUGCAUACAUCCAGGUAGCGCUGCAGCUGGCAUUUUACAGACUGCACGGCAGACUCGUUCCAACCUAUGAAAGCGCAUCCAUACGCCGGUUCGAAGAGGGACGAGUAGACAACAUCCGAUCGGCAACUCCUGAGGCCUUGGCUUUUGCACAAGGAAUGACUGAUAAAACAUCAUCUCUACAGGACCCUGAGAAAAUGCGACGAUUUAAGGAUGCUGUAACUGCUCAGACAAAUUAUACUAUUUUGGCUAUUACGGGAAUGGCCAUAGACAAUCACUUGCUGGGUCUGAGAGAGAUGGCCCGCGAACACUUCAAGGAGCUGCCAGACAUAUUUACUGACGAAACGUAUUUGACAAGCAAUCGAUUUAUCCUCUCUACCAGCCAGGUCCCAACCACCAUGGAAAUGUUCUGCUGUUACGGGCCCGUGAUUCCAAAUGGUUACGGCGCAUGCUACAAUCCACAGCCGGAGCAUAUAUUAUUCUGCAUUUCGAGCUUUAAAGACUGUAAAGAGACAUCCUCCAACAAAUUUGCAAAAGCAGUAGGAGAAAGUCUUACGGACGUCAGAGAGCUCUGCAUCAGAUGCAACGCAACUAAGACAAGCACUCCAACGAAACAAGAAGCUUCUUCAGCGCCUCCACGUGGUCGGAAGUCCUAA